GAGAGCGUGCUUGACACAACAGAGAGGCGCAGACGGUCCGGUUGAUUGGAUGUCUGUGCAGAGCAGACAUGCAGAUGCUGUCUGAGCGGCUCCUUCGUCUGGACUGAAAACAGAUGAAGGGUCGCUUAAAAAUGGAUUCUCCAGAAAGAUAAACGUGCAUGGUACAGGGGCGUCCUGAAAGGCCCCAUUGUUGCGGUGCAGCGGGGACAGCCGCGCGCCCCUCCGGACUGCCUCCCCACAGCGGCGCGUGCGUGACUCAGCCCGGACUGGAGCGUCCACUCUGCUGGAAAAAAAUAAUAAUACAAAUAAUUAAACGACCUGUGUGCUCUGGGCUGAAGAGGAGAGCAGCUGAGGAGGUGGAGAUGGGCUGCACCUCUGCCAAGCAGGUGUCCGCCGUGUCCAACGGCGAAGAGGGCAAGAAUAAAGCCUACAGCAACGGGGACGUGCUCUCUGAUGAGUACAAGAUGAAAGGAGCGGAGGAGGUCAAGUACACGGCUGAGGAGGAGGCGGUGGAGGACGGCCACGGCGGCACGGAGAAAAGUGCUCUUCUGGGUAAAAGACAACACACGGAUGAAUCCGGGUCCAAUGGCAAGGUCCUGAGCAUCCAUUCCUCGGAGAGCCAGCAGGAGUUCUUCCGGAUGCUGGAUGAGAAGAUUGAAAAGGGGCGUGACUACUGCUCAGAAGGGGAGGAGGAGGAUGUGACAUAGCCCGCCCGGGUUGUCAUGGAAACAACACUUCAGUAUAAGAGCAACGACUGUUCCCAGCAGAGCCGGGAGGAGCGUGGAGUGCUGCUCGGCACUCGGGGAGACUCUCCGACCUGAAACGAGCGCCCUUUUUCUAUUUUAUCGUCCUCCUCACAGCCCGUCUGCCCGUCUGGUCGACCGCUGGAGACUCGACUUGGUCAGCUGUGACAGAUUCUGAGCACAAACACUUGUUUCCUUCUCCUGCUGGGGAAACCAGCAGCAUCCAUGGCAUCUCAGAAGAUGCACGAACAUGCAGACUGUAGCUCAUCUCUUGCUGUGAGGAAACCCAGUCCUCGAGUGGAUGGAGGUGUACGUAAAGCAGCAUCUUUGAUGCCUUUUGGAUGAAUCCUCCUUCAGAUGAGGAGGGCCGGUACCGCGCACUCGUCUGUCCACGUGUAUUUAUGUUAAAUAAGGCUCAGGGUUUAAGUGUUGUAAUAUCUGUCUCCCGCAGUCCUUCCCCUCAUUAAGACACUUUGUAACCAUUAGAAAUGCACACUCACUCGGAUGCCGGCGCUGUCAAAGACAGAACUUCCUGUUCCACUGCCACCACACAUUCUAGUCUGCUCCUGAGCAAACUGUAGGAAUCCUGGAAACGUUGGAACAGUUUUUUUUUUUUUUAAUUGAAAUGUAGGGCACUGUCAAAUAUCUCAAGUAUUAAAGUUAAUUUAGUUGCCACACACUCUGCAUUUGACCCAUCCCCUGGGGGAGGGGUGAGCUGCAGACACAGCCGCACUUUGGUGGUUUAACCCCCCCAAUCCAACCCCUUAAUUCUGGGAGUCAAGCAGGGAGACACUAGGUCCCAUUUUUAGCCUUUAGUGUGACUCAGCCUGGAUUUGAACUCACGACCUUCCAGUCUCGGCGUGGACACUCUACCACAAGACCACUGAGCUGGUAAAAAGACGAGCUUCACUCAAAUAUGACUAAACUUUAAUACUUGUGUAAUCAUCGCUUCAUCUAACUAAAGCUACACCAGGGAAGCUGGAACCUGUCAGAUGUGCGUCCAAGCCUGAUCAGAAAUGGACUGUUUGGGAAGGAAAAGGGCUCCACGGCGAGGUGAAGUUUGACAUGUUCGCUGCUAAUCACACACGCCACGUCCUCCAGGCUCAAGGGGGGGGUGGGGAGCGGAACAAACGUCCUCCUCCAGAUGAAGUCUAUUUCAGGAAAGGCUUUGUGUAUCUCAGCAGGCCCAUGCAAACCCACAUACCACAUUCAUCACUACAGCAUGACGUCAUCCCAGCACAGGCUGGAUGCUGAAAUCGCCUGCCUGCAGCCAGCGUAAGACAACACGCCGCGCAUUUAGGAAAAUGGAAAACACAUCUAAUGCGACAGGAGAGACGGUAAAAAGCAUCGAACAACUCCAGAAACACACGCCGAUGCUCAAAUAUAUGUUCAAAAAAUCAAGAUGAGCUCCUUUAGUGGAUUAAAGUAACAUUUGUGGAGACAUUUUUGGGCUCAAAGGAAUUACAAGCUUUUUAUUGAUAUUUUUUGUUUCCAAAUCCCCACAUUUGGACGUCUUUCACUCACCAGUGUCUCAUCAUUGUUCUCUGUUGUCAUGUAGGUCCGCCUCCGUUUUCUAGAACAAUAAAAGUAGAUUCCGUUUUUAUCUCUCA